AUGGGCAAGUAGAACUCAAUUGAGAUAGACAAGGACAAGGAACUUGGUUCGUCAUCUCGUAUCUCGUUCGCACGCGCAUGCAUAUAUGGACACACAUACAUUUGACUAAAAAUCAUAAGGGCCAAAAAGGUCACCAUCGUAUUAUGCAAAUAUAAAGUUUCCUAUUUAUGCCAUCAAGUUAAUAAUAUUUGUUGUGUGUAAUUAAAUUUCCUAGGCUAAAUGUCUUUUCUUUUCCCGGUCUGGGAAUUCCUAUUUGAGCUUGCUCCCUCUGAGCCGGAUUCUCUCCCUCUCUGGCUUUGCAACCAACUUCCAAGCAAUUCUUGCCUUGAUUUUCCCCUCAGUUUCCAGCAAAAGCGUAGCAGGUAUACUAGCAUUCUAGCAACCUCAACUGGGGUAUCUCUCAAUUCCCCAUUCACCUUGUGUUCCUUUAUAUGUGGAUUAAUCACCACAAAUGCUGCCACCCCAAGCCAUCGUAUUUAAUGUGAACAGCUUCUUCCCAAAGAAUAACAAUUACAUGGUAAGAAACAUAUAUAUGAAAGUAAAAAUUCUCUCACGUGACCCAAGGAGUAUCAGUCUGAUGUACACCACAAAAAGGUUUUUGCAGUUAGUAAUUGGGACCAAAACAAAGCAGUCCCCUUUGUUUAGCUUCCCUUUAGAAUUUGUGUUGCAAAAUCUGGAGACAACCCAAACGAUGCAAAGCACAUAAUUUGUGGUCCAGCACUAUAGAUCUAAUUUGCUGAUGGCAGAUGAGUAAAUGCAAUGCAAAAUUUAGUAAAAUCAUCACAGGACCAAAAACCAAAUCUUGACAGAUUCAGCAAGAGAGAAGUCAACUAUAGGACGGACCACAUUAUUAUCAAAGUUACUUGGCGUCUGCGGCAUUUCAACUGAAAGCUGUCCAACUUCAAUGAAACUACUCAAAAUUGCCAUCUUUUGGCAAUAGUCUUUUUCCUCACCUAACACCAACUUAUGAUUUCCCCAUCUUGAGUAAGUUUCAAGAGAAUCAGACUAUCCCUAUAACAUGAUAAACAAGCGCAAAGCAUUCUUAUCAAAGCCUAUUUGAAGCUUACUGAAAACAUUGAUACACAAAAUCAUCCAAAUACACCAAAAAUCAACCAUCAAGAGUUCUACAAAAAAUUUCCAGGGUCCAAACACUAAUUUACAUGCAAUGGUGUAUUAGACUUCCAAUAGAAUAUCUCAAAACAAUUCAGAGAGCCGCUGUCCACACCAAUGGUUAAUUCCAUGAUCAAACUAUUGUAUGGUAUGAUUCACAGCCUGGAUAUCCAUUCACCAACAUAAACAAGGAUUUCAACCCAUUGAAAGCCAUAAUUAGUAAACUGCAAGAUGCCAAAGAGGGAAGGUAGGAAUAAAGAUGGUGCAAUUAUACAAAAGUAAAAUCUAGGACAAUAAAUGGCAACAAUUCCAAUCACUUGCUUGUGACCAGGUUGGCAAAUAUAGAUGCGAUAUCUUUCCAAACAGAUGAAGCAAAAUCACUAUUUCAUCUCACCAAAAAGCCCUCCUAAGCUUGACUAGGAUGCGUUUGACACGUGAUUGUAUUGCCACAAAUUUCAUUGAAUGAAUAAAUUCCAACUACCCACAUUUGUCAGCUUCUGCAACUGCCUACCACGUGCUUGGCGGUGUGCUUCUCCAUUGAUAAUACAGAACCAAUUUUUCUUUUGAUACUUUUAUGGUGAGUAUCAUCUAUUUUGAGGCUGGAACAGAGUACAUUGACUUAUGGAGGCGUAUUUCAAGGUAUUCAUGUUAUAGGCAAUAAUGGUCCAGUAAGGGAUGGUUCUGGGGUUACAAGAGUAUCCUAAUCUGAAGGAGGUGUUAAGGGAGAAUCCAAGAAAACCCUAAUUAUUUCAAAACAGUAAAAAGCGUGUUCAUCCCACCGACAGGAAUAUUUGAGAAAAGAAGUGCAUUUUUCUGCAUGGUUAUCAGUUUUCUUAGCAUUAUGGUAUGUCAAUUUUGAACAAAUGCCUUACAACCCAUCGCAUUUUGCAAACUUUAAUCCAAGAGUGCUCACAUGUCAACAUUUUUGAGUUACCUAAUAUUGUGAUUGACUUAAUGCAGGUAGCAGAGGAGCUGAUAUCACUUUGUAAAAUUGCAUGCCCCAUAGUAGUAUCAAGCCUGCUUUUAUACCCCAAGUCGAUCAUCUCUAUGUUAUUCUUGGGACAUCUUGGGAACACUGAGUUAGCUGGGGGCUCACUUUCAAUUGGAUUUGCCAAUAUCACAGGCUACUCUGUUCUGAAAGGCCUGGCCAUGGGGAUGGAACCAAUAUGUUGUCAAGCUUAUGGAGCCAAAAAAUGGGAAGUUCUCUGCCAAACAUAUAAAAGGACUCUCUGUCUCCUCUUUCUUGCAGUGAUUCCGAUUUCUCUAUUGUGGUUAAACAUGGAGCCCAUCCUUAUAUGGUUAGGUCAGGAUCGAAACAUUACAUCUGUGGCCAAGGUUUAUAUAACAUAUUCCCUUCCUGAUUUGCUAGCCCAAGCUCUCCUCCAUCCCUUAAGGAUCUUCUUAAGGACACAAAGUCUAACCAAACCCCUCACUGUAUCUGCUGUUUGUGCCAUGAUUCUCCAUCUCCCUAUCAAUUACUGCCUUGUAACAUAUCUAAAUAUGGGGACGAAGGGUGUUGCUCUAGCCUCAGCCUGGACUACCUUAAACUUGUACGUUGGUUUGCUAGUAUACCUUUUCCAAUCAAGGACAGCACUAAAACCUUGGGAUGGGAAAGCAAAAAGUUUAUGCUCUCAAGGCUGGCAACCAUUGCUAGCCCUUGCGGUGCCAAGUGUACUCGCUGUCUGUUUGGAGUGGUGGUGGUAUGAAAUAAUGCUGCUACUGUGUGGCCUACUUAGUGAUCCACAGGCAAGCGUGGCUGCAAUGGGAGUCCUGAUACAAACAACAGGAUUGAUCUAUGUGUUUCCGCACUCUCUUAGCUUGGGUUUAACAACGUGUGUUGGCCACGAGUUGGGGGCUGGGCAGCCUGCACGGGCGCGGCGGACAACCAUAAUUGGACUCAUUGUGGCAGUUGUCUGCAGCCUUCUGGCUUUCGCUUUCACAGUUGCAGUGAGGGAUGAGUGGGGCAAGCUGUUUACACGUGAACCACAUGUACUUGCUUUAACAUCAAUCGCCCUUCCCAUAUUAGGCUUUUGUGAGCUAGGUAAUUGUCCCCAGACAGCUGCAUGUGGAAUCCUCAUAGGCUCUGCACGGGCAAAGGUGGGUGCUUGUAUUAAUUUUGGCUCUUUCUACCUAAUUGGUUUGCCAGUUGCAGCUCUCAUGAGUUUUAGACUCAAGAUGGGCUUUAUGGGGUUGUGGUUUGGUCUUGCAGCAGCUCAGAUUUCAUGCUUGUGCAUGAUGAUCUAUACUUUGGUUUCAACUGAUUGGAAGCACCAAGCUAAGAGGGCCAAGGAACUCACUCAGGCCACUGAAAGUGACCAUAAUGAUUUGGAAGCCAAUCUCCUUAGCUGAUUUUCGGUCUCUACAGGUUGCAAAAAUAAACUCCUUGUAUCAUGAGAUGAGAUAGUUGUAGACUUUCU